CUUUGGAAGUGGCAACAGGGAGUGGAAGAAGAGCCCCAGCGGCCUCUAAGCAGGCUGCCAAAGUCGUUUGGGACUUUAGCUCCCCAAAACCGGAGAGGAUCUUGCUGGCAAGCUUGUGAUGGACCCCCGGGCCCCUGCCUGGCACCCCCAGCCCCGGGAGAGGCCUCCAGCCUGGGGGGCUUGGGCAGAGGGGCACCACGGUCCCCCCUCCCCGCUCCGGCGGCAGCUCCUCCGCGCAGGGCACUCCCCUCGCCCCGGCUCCUGGGACGGGAGCCACGUCCCGGGAUACCCCCGGGAGGAGGGACACCCCCCCCGCAGGGACACCCGCAGACGGGCCUCGGGGGCCGAACACCACGGCAGCACCUACCCCAGCCCGCCGUACUCCAGGCAAGGAUAUGAAGACCCCCACUGGCAGUAUCCAGCAGCCAGCUACAGGGAUGACUAUCCCUACCAAAGCCACCAGAGGCAGCCGGUGGCCUGGCAGGGUGACAGAGACCCAAGACAGGGAGAGCCUUAUGGCAAGAGCACCAGUUACCAGAGCCAGCACUACUACAGGGGCUACCACCCCAACCUGGCCACGGGCCCCCCAGGGCAGGACAGGAUGCAGACCUAUGGUUCCCACGAGGAGAGCUACACCUCGGCUGCCAGGAGGGAAGGGGCAGGGGGAGGAACCCUCGGCAGCAAUUCAGGGGAGGCUGGUGGCCAACCCCGAGAGCCCAGCCUGCUCCUGCAGUACCACGAGUCAGGGCUCAGCUCCAGCAGCCACGAGCUCAGCCAGUACAUCCGUGACGGUGCCGACCAGUAUGACCCUGUGCUUCCAGGGAGCUGGAACGUGGAACAAACAGGGAGUCCCUUGGUGCCGACCCCGGCCGUUCCCCUCAAGUUCUCUCGGCCGCACACGUCGCUGUGCUUUGGAGCUGGAGGACACCUGGUGCUGCCACGUCCCCACCACCCUGCAGAGGGGCAGCUGACCCACGUUGAUCUGCACAGCCUGGAGGCACUCCUUCAUGGCACGAAAGAGCUGGAGGAGCUGCAAGCCUUCCCAGGGCCCCUGGCCAGGGAAGAUCUGCACAAGGUGGAUGUGAUGACAUUUUGCCAGCAGAAGAUCGCCGUGGGCUGUGACCCCUCAACACAGAGGGGCAGAGAUUCAGCUCUUCUCUGGAAACUCCUGGUCCUCCUCUGCAGGCAGAAUGGGUCCAUGGUGGGCUCGGACACGGCUGAGCUGCUGAUGCAGGACUGCAGGCGUGAGGAGAAGUACAAGAGGCAGGAGCCUGCAGCCAACCUGGUGGGGCUGAUGGACGACGAGUGGGCGUCACGGCAGCCGGGGACGCUGGACCUCAUCACCGGGGAGGUCCCUCCCGUGGUGGAGACACAGGCACAGAUAGUGGAGAAGUUCACCAAGCUCCUCUACUACGGCAGGAAGAAAGAUGCUCUGGUCUGGGCUAUGAGAAACCAGCUGUGGGGCCAUGCCCUCUUCCUCUCCAGCAAGAUGGACCCUCGGACCUACAGCUGGGUGCUCACCGGGUUUACCAGCACACUGGCCACCAAUGACCCCCUGCAGACCCUCUUCCAGCUCAUGUCCGGAAGGAUCCCUCAGGCAGCGCUGUGCUGCGGUGAUGCCACAUGGGGGGACUGGAGGCCCCACCUGGCUGUGAUGUUGUCCAACAAGGUUGGAGACGUGGAGCUGAACCACCGAGCCAUCGUCACCAUGGGAGACACUUUGGCCAGCAAGGGAGCAGUCGAAGCAGCUCAUUUCUGCUACCUGAUGGCAGACAUCCCUUUUGGCUACUUCGGGCACAAGGCAGCCCGCAUGGCCCUGCUGGGCAGCAGCCACCGCCAGGUGUUUGCCCGGUUUGCCAGCACGGAGGCCAUCCAGAGGAUGGAAAUCUUGGAGUACUGCCAGCAGCUACGACAGCCCGAAUCCUUCCUGCUCCCCUUCCAGGUGUACAAGCUGCUCUACGCCUCCCGCCUGGCCGACCACGGGCUGCCAGCCCAGGCCCUGCAGUACUGUGAGCAGAUCUCCACGGUGCUCCUGCACCAGGACCCAGCCACCCACCCUGUCCUGGCCCAGCAGGUGAUGAAGCUGGCUGAGAGGCUGAAGCUCUCUGACCCUCUGCUCCUGGAGAUGCCGGAGCAGGACCAGACGCUGGAGCCCGACUGGCUGGAGCAGCUCCGAGCCUGCUGCCGGGAGCAGGAGGUGGAAGAUGACCUUCCUCCAGAGGUGAUCCCUGCUCAGCCAGAGCUCUCCUGUGCUGUUCCUCCGACAGCAGAUGGAGAGCCUGUCAGUGAGCUUCCCCGGAGCGAAGGCUACCAGUAUGACCCAUGGUCCCAAUCUGUGCCACCCCAGGGACCCAGCUCCCAGGAGGAUGUGUCCCCGUGGUCCCCAGCCCCUGCUCAGGCUGCAGAAUCACCGCUGCUCAGUGCUGGCCAAGAGCUGCAGCCCCCCACAUCCUCCCCAGGAACAAGCACCCCUCCAGGAGGGGGUUUUGCUGAGCCCCCUCCGCAGCCAGUGCCGCCAGCAGGAGGAGGUGGAGAGCCCUGGGAUGACCUGCUGUGCCCCAGGAGUGUGCAGCCAGCCUUCCCAGCAGAGCAGCAGGAGGAGUUACAGACAAGGACUCGGACUGCCUCGGAGACCUCCACUGUCUCCUUGGAUGACAGCCGGCCUUCCUCGGAGAGCGAGGACGCUGCCCAGGAGGAGGCGGAGAAGCCGGAUGAGGACAAGAGCUCCGGAUUCAGGUGGUUUGGCUGGUUUCGGUCGAAACCCACCAAGGAAACUUCUCCCACAGCCGCAUCCGAGACAGACUCAGACCCCCCCGUGUUGGAACCGCAGGAGCGGACAUCGCCAUCCCCAUCUGAUGCCCCUCUCACAGCUGGGACAAAUCCUUUGGCUCAGCCUCUCUCCAGAAAUCCCGGAGGAACACAGGUUCAAAAUACCUUUGGUUUUAGUCCAGUGUCCUUGGAGGUGACAGGCUCACAGGACAGGGAUGGAGGGCAGUCAGCAGGACAGCAGCCCUUCCAGGCAGGCUACCCCGGGCCUCUCCCACCUCUCCCACCACUGGGGACAAUCCCCCUCUACAACCCUGCCCAGGUCUCUCAGCUUGCUGCUGCUGCCAGACCCACCCAACCCAGGCUGCUUUCCCAGCGCCGCUACCCCAACCCGCUGUGAGGGGGCUGGAGGGGUGGCACGUAUCAAUUGCAGGAAG